AGAGAGAGUAGGAGUGGGGUGAGAGUGUGCAACAGCGUGCUGGGGUAGAUGAGCCAAGCUUUCACACACACGCUGACACACACCACAGCGUGAAGAGCGAAGCAGAGAUAGAGAGGGCAAUGUGUGUUCAUGUGUAUAUGUGUGUAAGCGAGAAGAAGAGAGAUAGAAAGCAGGCAUAAGGAGGACAGGACAAGAAAGUGUGAGGACUGCCUGUGUUUGCCUGUGUAUUCUCAUUUUCUUGGCACUCUUGACCAUUCAGAUGAUGAAAGGAAUAUGAAUGUUUAAUGCUCCUGUCCAGGGCAACUCUGGAAACCUCAGGGAAAUACCGUAGUGAAACCCUCAAGCAACAUAAUUCCUUUGACACCACUUGGGAUUUGUAAGAUUCUUAGGAAACGGGUACCUGCUGGGACUCCCUUUACAUUAGAGGCAUCUGGAGAAAUGGAGCUGAAAGGGAAUGUGCUUUUGAGGCAAUACUUGGUCCACACAAGCACCAGUCCAAUACCUUGUGGAAAUUUGCCAAGACAGGACCCAUGGCAAUAGGACUCAUCACUUAUCCUUUGUAUAAGUUGACUGUCCAUAAGGCAUAUGAAUCCAGUUUGCUCAGUGGAUCUUAUGCUGGAGAUGGGAAAUGUCAUUAUUUACAUGAACAAACAAAACAGUGGCAUGAAAUAAAUGACUAAAUGCACUUCAGUAGAAGGAGAUGGAUUUAUUAUUCACCACAGCAAUGACAAAAUCUGGAUUUAUGGGCUACUGUUAACAAGGGGGAUGAAAGUCCCCCCUCCAUAGACACAUAACCGCUCAUAAGGGCUGACCUCACCAAUACUGUGACCUUGGUUUCCUCGGUGGAGGCUUAUGUAAAUCAACAACAGCAAAUCAAUAAGGACUUAUCACCGUGCUUGGUCCAUAAAAUCUUAAUUAUGGGAAUACAGUGCAGCCAACAGAAAGGCACAUUGAUAUAGGGCAGGGUCAUUUGAAUCCUAUGAAUAACUGGAAGCAUCUGAAGCUUUUAAGACUGUUAUUUUUAAACCUGAAGUGGAUGUAUUAAUAGAUCAACACAUCAACUUUGCUCCGAAUCAUUCCAAACGAUCCACUGGAUUUCCUUUAUGGGUUUUAGUACUGUAUCUAAUUGCAUGAAACUGGGACAAAAAGGGGUUUCUAAAUGGGAGAAAUAUAGGACAGUUUUAUCUAUGACCCACAGGGAAUGUGGAUACUGGCCUAUUACUGUUAAACCAGAACAUGGCUGUGGCCCAAGGGUUGCAAUCAGUUUGAUAAAAAAAUAAAGAAGUGCCAACCUAUUGUGGAAACCAGGAGAUGUGAAUUCCCUGCUGGACUGCAAGGAUUACAAAAGGUGCAAAACUCUCCUUUGAAAAUGCCUGGGUGUGAUGUUCAACUUGGACUCCACCCAGACUCUUCCGGGCCAACCACAGGCUGUGGAUACUGAGAGAGACAGAGCUCUGGAGAGGGGAUAAUGCACAAGCCUAUCCCUUCAGCACAGGAGGAAGAAGGCACCAUGAGUAACGUUACAGUCUUGGACAUCACUGAGACCGUAAGCCCUGCCAUGACGGCGGACGAACCUCACCCCUACCCCCUCAGCUUCCAGGUCUCCCUGACCGGCUUCCUGAUGCUGGAGAUAGUGCUGGGCCUGAGCAGCAACCUCACUGUGCUCGUCCUGUACUGCAUGAAGUCCAACCUGGUCAACUCUGUUAGCAACAUCGUGACCAUGAACCUGCACGUGCUCGAUGUGCUGGUGUGCGUAUGCUGCAUCCCCCUGACCAUUGUUGUGCUGCUUCUCUCACUUCAAGGUGACACUGUGCUGGUCUGCUGCUUCCAUGAGGCCUGCGUGUCCUUCGCUAGCGUGGCUACGGCAGCAAAUGUGCUAGCCAUCACACUCGACCGCUAUGAUAUCUCUGUCAAACCAGCCAAUCGUGUGCUGACCAUGGGCCGAGCGGUGGCUCUGUUGGGGGGUAUCUGGGUGCUAUCUUUUCUUAGUUUCCUGGUGCCCUUCAUUGAGGUGGGCUUCUUAGGACCAGAGCCAACCAAAGCCAACCAGACUGCUGUAGUGCACGUUAACGAGUACUACACAGAGUUAGGCCUGUAUUACCACCUGGUUGCACAGAUCCCUAUCUUCUGCUUCACUGCUGUGGUCAUGCUGGUCACUUACUCUAAAAUCCUGCAGGCGCUGAACAUCCGCAUCGGAACACGCUUCCAUGCCUCACAGAAGAAGAAGAAGAUGCGAUGGAAAAAGAACAUCUCACUCAUGUCGUCCUCACAACAGCAGCUGCCUGAAGUCGCAGAUGGCUCUCAGGGCAGCAGUGGGAACCGUAAUGUGCCACUGGGCAUGAGAACCUCAGUGUCUGUGAUCAUUGCUCUGCGGCGAGCUGUGAAACGCCACCGCGAGCGGCGGGAGAGACAGAAGCGGGUGUUCCGCAUGUCACUCCUUAUCAUCUCCACUUUCCUGCUGUGCUGGACCCCUAUUACUGUUCUAAACAGCAUCAUCCUCAGCACAGGCCCCAGUGACCUCAAUGUAAAGCUGCGUCUGGGCCUUCUGGUCAUGGCGUAUGGAACAACAGUCUUCCAUCCGCUCCUGUACGCUUUCACGCGGCAGAAAUUUCAAAAGGUUCUAAAAAGUAAGAUGAAAAAGCGGGUGGUGUCCAUCAUCGAGACAGAUCCAAUGCCCACCAAUUCAGUCAUAAAAAACUCAUGGAUUGAUCCAAAGAGGAAUAAAAAAGUGACAUUCGAGGAUCAUGAAGCCAAACAAAAGUGUCUAUCGUCUGAGGAUGUUGACUAAGUACCAGUACUUGCAGGAACACCAGUACACAUUGUAGCCUCAAAAACUGAACUUUUAAAAUCUUCAUUAUGGUCAUAGUGGAAAGAGACUGACUCAAGUGUGUGCUACAGAUGGAACUGCUUCAGAUGUGAAUAUAUGAAUUAAUAUCAGUUUAUUACUAUUUAUAUGAACUUCAGAUUUAGUAUAAUAGUAUGACAUUCACUGUGCUGUUGAAAACUGCAUGUUUUUAUAACACUGUAUAUAUAAUUCAAUAAUUGAGAUGUGUAUAUACACACAUAAAAUACUGUAUGUAUCGAUAUUAGAAUACAUAGGCAACACAUACAAGUAUUUGUAAUAAAUUAGGCAAAAAGAUGUUUCUGGGGUUCAACACACAUAUAAUUGCUGCUCUGUCCAGCAGAGAGCAGCUCACCUUUGACCCUUGCUGAUGCAAUACCACUUUUAUGGCCCAUCGUUUUAUUACAUUGUCCCCCUUUGUGUUCUUCUCUUGAACUAGCAAGUUAACUAUGAACAAACACAGUUAGUUGUAGCAAAAAAGGCAAGCAAGCGAACAUCACUUGAGCAUCAACUAAUUGGCAUUAUGCCUUACACCAAGUGCCUUGAGAGCAAGGGAAAUGCCUGGUUUGUUUCAACACUGCAGAAUGUAAAAGGAGACUGGACAGUCAUUCACCUUAUUUUCCACACAGACAAUAUGCUCUUCUGUUCAAGGACAUUGCUGUGUUCAGUACACAAACUCGGGUUUUCUUUCCAAUAUUGAAGGGCAUCCAGGCUCAGUAAAAGAGCUUAAUUUAGGAUAGCCUCCACAUCAAUAUUACAGUAAGCCAUGUGGCACUGGCUUGUCCUGCAUCACACAGGGGAAGAUCAAUGUUAAACAGGCAGUGGAGGCUUAAAUUUACAGCUGUCCAUCCCAGAGGCAUAAAUUAUGGGGGAAAAAAUUCAAUCAUCAAUUUCCAUCAACCAAAGGCAUGUCUGUUUAAGAUUUUUGUCUGUUUUUCAUACACAGACACCCAGAUGAGAACUGUUUCUCACUACUGCGGGGGGCCAUUUCCUAUUUUUGAGCCCAGCUGUUUAAUGUGCGGGAGCAUUGCACAUCUAAUAAAAUGCCUGAGCUCCCUGUCUGAUCAAGGUCACUUUUGUUUUGACAGCCAAAACUGUAAUAAGGAAUUCAACCCAGCCAGCAUGGCCCCUAUUGACUUUCAUAAUGUUUGGCUUUUCAGAGCAAUCAAAAAAGGUCAUUAGCACAAAGUCAGCUCCCUGCUUCAUGUUUAUAGAGCUUUAGUUUUAAAUGUCAGAUGCAGCUCCUGUCUUGCUCAUUUUAACUUAAACAGGGAAGAAGAACAAGAGAUUGAACAUAUUUGAUUACGGCUGGUUCGCAUGUGUAAGCGUGGACAUGUGUGAAACCAAGUGAGCGAGGGAAUGUGUGAUGUUGUGUGAUUGUUCUGUGCUGCGUGUGGGAGUGUGGGAGCGCAUCUGACAGAUUUAAUGGAUGAUAACAGAAGUGUUAUACAGGUGGAGUAAAGUGGGACGCUGCCCUGUAACUCUUUGCAUCUCAUUACAUUCGAGUCUUUCUACUAUCUCUGUCUUGCUGCCAUUAUAUUAGAUUAUUGAAUUGAAUUUAUUUGCCUUUUUUGGACUAAUUAGUACUUUGCAUA